AUGAUACUCAUGGAACAAGGAAAAUCUGGAGAGUUCAAAGGAAAAAGCUUAGAUGAAAUCAAUCUCAAUCUGGACGAGGAUUUGAUGGAGGUUGCGGGAAAAGAUAAAGAUAUGCCUAGUGUUUUGGAUAUAGAUAAUAAUGAAACCACAAGCACACAAGAAAGGAGUGAAACGGAAUUUGACAUAAAUAUAAAAAGUACACAGAAAAAAUAA